ACACAAUAGCAGCAUCGUUACACAGACUCAGCUCACCUACUACUGCUGCUUGGCUAGUGUAACCAACAAACAACCGCCUGCCUCUCUUCGUUUCUCGACGGAGACUUCGAGGCUCUGAGUUUUCUCUCUCUUCAUCUAAGCCAAAUCUCUGUAAUCUUCGUCUUCACCAUCAGAUCUCUCUCUCCGAAGAAGAUGCAGAGCGCAGCAUUUACUCUAUCCUCUUCUUCUCUUCCUCUUGGGAAGCCUCGACUAACUUCGAACCCUAGUCUUCUUCGGCCUAGGUUCGAUCCUAUACGCCUGUCGUUGAAGAAUCAUAACGAUCUCGCGAGUUCCAACAAUGUCUCGGUCUCUUCCUCUUUUCCCCGCCGAUCUUGGUCCCUUUCACCGUCUUCGUCUUCGCCUUCGGCGUUUAAAUUCAGGCCGUGGAGUUCUGUUCCUUCCGAUGGUGAAACGAAUCGUUUUGAGGUUAGGGCCAGUCCGGUGCCGGAGAGCGCUGGAGAAACCGCUGAAUCGAGUAGCUUGAAAAAGACUCUGGUGCUUGGUUUACUAUUCGGUCUGUGGUACCUCUUCAAUAUCUAUUUUAAUAUCUACAACAAGCAGGUCUUAAAGGUGUUCCAUUUUCCAGCAACCGUGACAUUAAUUCAAUUUGCUGUUGGAACUGUACUUGUUAUUCUCAUGUGGGGCCUCAAUCUCUAUAAAAGACCUAGGAUUACUGGUGCCCAGCUUCUAGCAAUAUUACCACUGGCAGCGGUUCAUACUUUGGGAAACCUUUUUACUAAUAUGAGUCUUGGAAAAGUGGCUGUUUCAUUCACUCACACAAUUAAAGCUAUGGAGCCCUUCUUUUCAGUUGUCCUCUCUGCCAUGUUUCUAGGGGAGAUGCCUACUAUUUGGGUGGUUGGUUCUUUGUUGCCUAUUGUUGGUGGAGUGGCAUUGGCAUCAGUUACUGAGGCCUCUUUUAACUGGGCUGGAUUUUGGAGUGCCAUGGCUUCCAAUUUGACUAAUCAAUCUCGUAAUGUUCUUAGCAAGAAGGUCAUGCUUAAGAAAGAGGAUUCCAUGGACAACAUUACCCUCUUCUCAAUAAUAACUGUGAUGUCCUUCUUCCUGUUGGCCCCUGCGACUAUUUUCUUGGAGGGAGUCAAAUUUUCACCAGCAUACCUAGAAGCUGCCGGAUUAGACAUUAAACUACUUUGCACAAGGUCUCUUAUUGCUGCUCUCUGCUUCCAUGCUUAUCAACAGGUCUCUUACAUGAUAUUGCAGAGGGUAUCCCCUGUCACUCACUCAGUGGGCAAUUGUGUGAAGCGGGUGGUGGUCAUUGUGAGCUCUGUUAUUUUCUUCCAAUCACCUGUCUCGCUGAUCAACUCCCUUGGCACUGGAGUGGCGCUCUCUGGAGUUUUCCUCUACUCGAGGGUGAAGCGCAUUAAGCCAAAGGCCAAGACUGCUUGAAAGUCUUCUGUAGAAAUUUUGCUGGGUACCGGAAAUGAGAUGCUAGAUGAAAAAAAAAAUCCCAGAUUGACUCGUUGAACAAAUUGUUUGUAGGUCGGGCAGGAACUGUGAGUGUUUUUAUUUUUUUUUGGUUUUACUUUUGUUGUUUUGCAAUGAGGAUAAAGUUUCAUUCUUUUCGUGAAGGCGAGUAAAUGGUGGGAAAAAUAAAAUAUUUCUGAAGUCGUUUUUGGGGUUAAAUUGAAAUGUAUCAAAUGUAGUUUAAAUUCCAAGUGUUUUUCUUUUCAA